AGUUUUGUAGAGUCCACUAGCAUCAGAUCCUAAAUACGAAAAUGAAGUUGUUGGUUGUAAUCGCUGUGUGUGUUAUGUCGACUAUGGCUAUGCCUAGGAAUGAGUUAUUGAAGGCUCUGAAACGAGUUCUUGAAGACGAUGAGCCAACCACCAGCUCGCCUUUAGAAAUUGACCCUGAAAUCCCAGCCGGGAUCGAAGGAGUUCGUAUGUUGGACUGGACCGUCAUGGAAAUGCUAGAAGAAGGCUGUCUUCGUCGUCUGGAAAGAGGACCCCCACCACCACCAAUGACAACCGAAGCACCAGAGGAGACCCCAGAAAGAAAACUCUUGAACGCUCUUAAGAGAAUGGUCGGAGAUGGCCCAAAUUCACCCCAUCCUAGAGCUAAUAGAUUAAUGAGAGCUUUGGACCAGUUAUGUGGAGCUUUAAUGGAAAGGUUAGACGGAGAGGAAGGUGGAGAGGGAACUGACGUUGAUAUGAACACUGAACAACCUUAAAUCAACCCUUUGCAUCUCUAGGUAAGUAAUAUUUUACAAAUAUGGUUUUGUUCAAAUAUUGAAAUCGAUGUAAGGUAUACGAGUCAACAAGGAAAGAUCUUGCCUUUGAUAACCAAAGGCGAUAUUUUGUCAAAUGUUAUUUCAGAGGCCAUCCUGGUCGCUCUAAGGUGUUGGAGUCAGUCAGCAAAGAUCAUGCCUUUGAUGAAAGUUGGCUUUAAUACUUUUUCAAAUGAACUAUGAACAUUUAGAUCUUGCCAUAGAUAGAAGCAGGCGCAUCUUUUAUUCAAAUUUAACAUCAGUGGUGUUACUACAACGGAGGUUGGGGCAUGUCUUCGUACACCUCUCCCGACCCCCAACCCCUCCACUCACAAAUUUCUUAUUAUUCAGUCUUUUAGUACCCUGUGCUGUUCCCCCCCCCCCCCCCCCUUCCUUACAAUCUAUGAUUGUGUGGUCCCUAUUCGUUAGCCCAAUUAGAUGCAGAAAAGUAGGACGUUUAACUCCAUUCAUUAUAUUUCAUUUAUAUUUCAGAUAACUCAACCAACUGAAAAAUAUCAAUUUUUUUUCUUACCACAUCUUUCUACAAUUAUCCUAAUUUAUUUACACUAUAAAGUUGUAUUAGUCUAUUUUUUCUCUGUGUUUUUAAAAUUCUAUGUUUUGUUUUGUUUUUAAAAUAAAGUAAUAAG